GACAGCCAUCUCACUCCUCACGAGGACACCUUGGAUAUAAUGGAGAAUACACAUCAUUGCCCUCAUUUUUUAUUAGAAUACAUUGGGGAUAUGAAAACAUCGCGUAAAUCUUCAUGAUCAUACAUGUUGCUCUGGUGGAUGUUACGAACGUUAUUUAUGACAUUUUCUCUCGUGAAAAAGGUCAAAAGUAACACUUAACGGUCUCCCUAACGCGAGUUUUCUGUACGUUUCCCUGCGCCUCGGCUUUCGCGAACUGGUCCACUCCCUGCGUCGGGAAAGCCGAUGUCUUCAUUUGACUCCUUGCAGUUGCUGAUGGUGGAUCGAUCUCGGAUAUCCAAUGUGGAAACCAGAAUCCAAUUAGUUUGCGACUGAGCGCCUGGAGAGAGAGCGCAGCGGCACUUUGCCCAGCCAGUCACUCCAGCGCGUAGCCUACCUGUGGGCAGACACAUGGUUGGCUGCUCUGUAUACGAGAAGCCACUCAUCAAGCCUUGUUGCAUUCAUUUUCAGGUUCAUGUUUACAUCGUAAAUUACAUUAAACGCAUCGGAUGAACGCAUCGGAUAUAUGUGAUAAGAUACCAUUUUACAGUCUGAAUAUAUCCUUUGGCUACAACUAGGGCUGCUUCUGACGCACCACGGAACGUUAAAUGCAUCGCUGUGUGUUGGAUUUUAAUACUGAUACUAAUUGCAGGUCUGCAAGGGCCAGAUUUAAGAUUCCUUCAUAGGAACUGAGUCUAAGAUGAAGUUAUGGGAUGUUUUGGCCACGUGUUUGUUGCUCCUGAGCUCCGUCUCCACACGCCCCCUUUACCAAAACCUUCAGCCUGCCAAAAGAGCUCACUACUCAGAUUGGCAUAGUGAUUCUCUGUCCCCGUCUGUGGAGGAACCAGAGCCAGAGUUCCAGUCGGAGUCUCACAGCCUGCAAGAGAUUUCCAUGGAAGAAAAAUAUGACAUCACAGGCCCAUAUCCGGACCAGUUUGAGGAUGUAAUGGAUUUUAUCAAGGCUACCAUUGGCAGACUGCGAAGAUCAUCAGAGCCCGCCGGCGGCUCAAGGGGAAGGAGGGAGCAGAGAGAGCAGGGGAGACAGAGAGGAGCAGCAAACAUAGACCGAAGAGGGGGAGGGAGAGGAGUGGGGAGAGGAGGGCGUGGGGAGAAGAAGGGUCAGGGGCGAGGGGGCAAAGGGAGGAGCCGUGAAAGAGGGGAGCAGCGGAUGAAGCCGGUUGAAGGACGAGGCUGCUUGCUAAAAGAGGUCCAUCUCAACGUCACAGACUUAGGGUUGGGCUACCGGACCAAAGAGGAGCUGAUCUUCCGGUACUGCAGCGGGCCUUGUUCAGAUGCAGAGACCAACUAUGACAAGAUCCUCAACAACCUCACCCACAACAAGAAGCUGGUCAAGGACACACCCUCCCGCACCUGCUGUCGACCAAUCACGUUUGAUGAUGAUCUGUCAUUCCUGGAUGACAACAACGAGGACUACCACAUUCUGCGGAAGCAUUCCGCCCGCAAAUGUGGCUGUGUCUGACUCUGGGAGAGACGAAUGAAAGAAAGGUUGACAGACAGACAGAAAGGAGAAGGAGCAGUAACAUAAAGCCUCUCAGAGGCUGGUAUUGUCUCUUAGAAUGAAGGAACACAUGGGAAAAGAAGGGAACAUGAGACGGAUACAGUCCACUCCAGUGGUGUCUUAGGAACCAUGGACAGUAUUAGCAUGUCCUGUGUCCCACUCCUGAGAGGCUGCUGUGGGGUGAGCAGGGAUGGUGUGGUCCCCAAACCUCCAGUAAUUAGGCUGAUUCAGAGCCCAGAUCAGGUCACAGUGGAGAAGGGACUCCUCUAUGCUAUAAUUACAUAGAAUUUUAAUUACUUAGAAAUUCAGCGUAACGGUCUUUAAAAGAGACGUCAAUUCAGCUCAGUAUUCACUUCAUGAUUGGAUCGCGUUCUUGGACGCCUACAGGGGAUACGCUCUCAUUUCCCUGUGGAACCAUGCUGUUACACUCACAGGCUUGCCUGCAAUGGAGCUGCUGAGACGGAAUCAGAGGAAUUCAGGAUAUUGUUCCUCAAAAACGUCUGUUUUUCCGUAGUCAGAUCAUGAGGCAUACAGUGAGAGCAGAACUCUUCUUGACAAGUAUUUCCAGCUGCAGUCCAGAGUGUUCUGGUUUCACUGCACAGACUGGAGCUUAACGUUUACAUUCACAAUGAACGAGGGAACCUGUUGACUGGUUUAGUCCUAUAGCAAAGAGACAGUCUGGUACGACACAUUGAUGUAAAAUCCAAUAUAUUUACAAUUUAUAUAUAUAUAUAAAUAUAUAUAUAUAUAUAUACACACACAAGAUGUAUUUAUUAAGAUUGAAUUAACUUAUUGUUAUUUAUUGCAGUCCAUUUUAUGAAAGAAAUGUUUGUUUUUCUUAUUUAUUUGAGCUCUGUUUUGUCCCGGAUGGUACCAAAGUGGAGCAUGUGUUUUCUAAGUAGAAUCAGAUUGUGCUGAAACAACCGGAUUCAAGGUGCAACCAUAACUAAUCAAACUCAUCCUUCAGUUUCAAAAUGCUGUCCAAAGUCUGUAAUCCAUGGUAGUUAAUCCUAAACCCACUGACGAUUCCAAAACAUCAUAGAUUUAUGAGAAUAACAGAAGCUAUCGAUUUAGAGAGGGGGCGCAGAAUGGAAGAGACAGGGUGGAGUGGACCACUUCCAACCUUUCUCAGAACUUACAAAUCUUAUCCCUGCUUUCGAUCCUUUUGAAUGAUGCCAGGUUUGAGCGUCUUUGACAGUGUUCCUCAUCUGUCACUAAUGGAAAGCAGAGAGGGCUGAGCAGCCUGGGACGUUAGGGGCUGAGGGCCUGGGAGACACCAGUCAGCUGCUCCUCACUCCUCACGCUAACCAAGUAGAUGGGUAAACAAGACUACUGCCAAAAUCAUGGCACGCCAUUAUCGGUUUACAAAGGAACAUACAAAGCCUGCAUUCAUUGUUUAUUUUCUAGACAUAAAGUCGUACUGCCAGUGGUUAUCCCGGAGAGCUGUGUAGCUUUCUUUCCAAUGAUACUCUCCACAUUAUUUCAAGACAUCCUCUUUUUUUUAUAGACAGAAUAACAAAAUGACCUCAUUGCUAGAGAAGUGGUGCCGGACAGGUUGGAUAUGACCAGCCUUCAGGCUCACUGCUUUCAAUUCACUUACAUUCUCUUUCUAUCACACCAUUUGCAAAGUAAUGUGUUACUAAACUUUUUACAAAAUGCUACAUAAAAGCUAGCCAGGAGUGAUGGUAGCACAGAACAUCUGUGAUAUCAUAGAAGCAGUCAGUAAAAACCUUGACGUUAGACUGUGGAAAAGAGACCCACUGUCCUUUGGCCAUCACAGUGCAGUGCAGAGGUUGAUGGUAUGCAUGUACACUUGGCUGCCAGAGUCUGUUACCCUCAACCCUUCAGCCUGGUCCUGGCUCUACACCAAGUCUGGGCAAAAACUUUGUAGUGGUUACUGUCUCAGUAGCCUUUAGCGUUCUUGGGAGUGUCUCUGUCUCUAUGGUCUCUGCUUUUUCUUACUGAUCUGGGGUUUGUUUGAAAAAAAUCCUCUAACAUGCAGCUUAGCCCACUACUCCCACUGGAACACCAGUGCUUAAGACCA